GUUGUUUCCCUCUUCGUCGCCAUCCUGAGUGAGAGCUGCAUAGCGGACGCUAUCGGGUUUUCUAUAUGAUGUGUUUCUAGCCGACGGGCUAGAAUUAAUAGCGCGUUUGUUGAAUCGGGAAAAAGCGUAUCUUCGGUGUUUGGCGUGUUUAACGGACUCUUUGUCUGUAGGUUGCGUCUGGAGAUACUGCAGUAGUCUGAUAUUUGUUUCAGGAGAAGCGUGAAAGAGGGUGCUGCUGGAAAACUUUUUCGCUAGGGUGAAGAACUAUUUGUCUGUUGUGUUGAAAACACGUCUGAGUGAAGGCAAAAGUUCGGGAUGUCUCUCUCGGUACCUCAGAACGGUGUGAAGGGGGAUAAUGAACCCAUCAUUGAGCUUUUUGUGAAGGCAGGCAGUGAUGGAGAGAGUAUUGGGAAUUGUCCAUUUUCUCAGCGUCUCUUCAUGAUCCUGUGGCUGAAGGGUGUGGUCUUCAAUGUCACCACUGUGGACCUGAAGAGAAAACCAGCUGAUCUGCAGAAUCUGGCCCCAGGAACUCACCCUCCCUUCAUCACCUUUAAUGGAGAAGUCAAGACAGAUGUCAACAAGAUCGAAGAGUUCCUAGAGGACGUUCUCUGCCCUCCAAAAUUCUCCAAACUUGGUGCCAGGCACCCAGAGUCCAACACUGCAGGCAUGGAUAUAUUCGCCAGAUUUUCUGCUUUCAUCAAAAACUCCAAACCUGACGCCAACGAAGGACUGGAGAGGGGUCUGCUGAAGACCUUGCAGAAGUUGGAUGAGUACCUGUGCUCUCCUCUACCAGACGAGAUUGACCACAACAGCAUGGAGGAGAUGAAGGCCUCCACACGCAGUUUUCUAGAUGGCGAGGAGAUGACACUGGCUGACUGCAACCUGCUACCCAAACUCCACAUUGUCAAGGUGGUGGCAAAGAAGUACAGAGGCUUUGAGAUUCCAAAUGACAUGUCGGGCAUCUGGAGGUACCUAAACAAGGCCUACAAGCGUGAGGAGUUCACCAACACGUGUCCCAGUGACAAGGAAAUCGAGAUUGCCUACGCUGAUGUAGCCAAACAGCUUGUCAAAUAAUGGAUCCUGUUGUCCUCCACUCCCCUCUUUGCGCUAGGACUGUUUAUUUUCAUUCACAUUAAGAGAAAAAAAAACAAGCUAUGGACUCCUUUUUUUUUUUCCCCUUUUCUUUUUAUUUAGACUAAAUACCCAAACCAUGAUUACUCCCUUCCUUGUUACAGUUCUUUAGGAUAUUUCAUUUAUUCUCAGUACAGCCAGAGAGGCUGUUAUCACACUUUGCCAUUUCAGUUUUUUUUUAAUGUGUCAAAGCAGGAAAUGCCAGAUACUGACGGUGUAUCGAUGGCUAUUAGAGUGUGUGCUUGUGUGUGCUAGACAUUCAUACACAUUUCUAAUCUUUUUAUCCACACUAUGUAGCAAUAGCAGUGUGGGUUCACCAGCCAUUUGUUUUAUUAUGGAUUUCAAAUAUGAAGAGAAAAAAUGCUUUUUCUAAGCUUGCAAAGUGAAUCUGUUUUUAUUUGUUUUCAAGCUAUAUGCAUAUGAACUGUUGAAAGCUCCAGUGUUUAUUUUUAGAGAGUUUUAGAACAGUGUAGCACUCUGGACCCACAUAAGUCUCAGAAUGAAGGUUGAAAUGAAGUACAUAUUGAAUUGCGUUAAUAUCUGAAGCUUCCAUAUCAUAAACAUUAGUUGUCAUCAGUUGUUUGCAGAAAUGGCAACUUGUAUGCCAUGUAGUACAUACUGUAGGGAGUUGUAAAAUUGCAGCACCUGUGGCCUUUGGAUGAAGGAAAGACCUUUUUAACAGAUACUAUAUAUACAUAGUAUCAUUUAUUGAACUCCUAAGAGUGCUGCACCAUCAUAACUGCAUCACAUGGCAUGAAAAACAUGAAGGGAAAAGUCUGUGUAGCUCUUGAGGUAGAACUACAUCUCUUGCACUUGUUCCUUAACAAUACUUGUGAAUAGUAGAAAACAUGAUUUUAAGGAUAUGGUUAAAGUAGAUCAGGGCUAUCUCACUUAAAGAUGGGUUCUGCUUUAUCAUGUUUAAUGGGUACGAGUUAUCAAAGAAAGCCACACAACAGGAUGACUAAAAUUAAAGGCUCAGAGAGAGCC